AUGGAAAAAAAAUUGGCGAGGAUAGUUAGUCUAUUCGAUAGCAAAACUGAAGAACUCCUGGUAGGCCUAAAUUUGGAUAACGAAAACCUUAAAUCGGCCGAAAGUAAUAACAAUCAAGAUGAGGAAAUAAGGUUACCAGCACAUGACCUAUGGUCAAGAAAUCAUCCAUUCGUACAAGGAUUAACGUGUCGCCAAUGUGGAGCAGCUUUCGACAGUGUUUUUGAUCAGCGGCAACACUUUAAAUCAGACUGGCACGUCGAAAAUCUUAAACGAAAACUAGCUAAUCUUACCAUUCUAACAGAAAAUGAACAUGACGAAUCAAUAAAACAAGAUUCAGCUAUCGAUAGUGAUGCGAAUGAGGAAGAUGAAGAUAAUGAAGGAAAUAUUGUCGAUGACUCUAUCUUGGAAAAAAGAGAUGGUUCUCCUUAUCUCUGGUUUCGGAACUCCAAUGGAAAUUUAAUAUCAAUACAUCGAGUACUAUUAUCUGCAAGAAAGGAAACGACGACAAGUGAAUUAAUAUCAAACAGAUUUCAUCAGCUACUGAGCCGAAAAAAUCAUCAACUUGUUAGCAUUUUAAUGAUAGAUAGUUGCCGAUUUGCAGGGGCUGUAUUUCAAGGAUCUGUAGGAGCUAACAUUAGAAGAGCAAAUGAAGCGUCACUCAUAAAUAACACUCAAAACCUAUUAAUUUCUUGGAGCGAUCAAAUCACCCGCAGUAAUCUUAUCUUUAUUCGAUGUCCGCCAACGCAGAAAUUUGUUAUAUUUGGUGGUAAAGAACCAAUUUUGAAUAAAGGUUCGUAUGCCUAUUUGGUACAGGACAUGAUGAGAGGAUUAGAUAUAUUCCGCUUACAACAAGGGCACCUUCUUCCAAGGAAGUGA